UGAACGCCCAUUCUGAGUUUGCUCUUGGCUACGGCGACGAGCAGGUUGUCGUUCCUUCCUCAUUCAUUAUAUCGAGAUCGGGUAGCACGCGCAGCACAACUUUAAUAUUCGUACAUCUGUUAAUCGCAGGGCGGCGAAAGCGAAUGCCUCUGAUGACGUCGGACUUUGGGUUUUGUGUGAUUCAUAUUAAUUGACAAAGCUAAAACGAUUCCGUAACUUCUGCAUUUUAAAAGCGCCUGAUCAAAUUAAGAUUCCGUUGUGCACUAUGCCUGGCAAAAUGAGCGAUCGCGAUCGCAUACGAGAUCCCCGAGAGGAGAUCCUACUCGAGACGAACUUUGAAGAUGACGGUGGUGUGCUAACGCGUGCCUACAAUAACAAUCCCUACAAUGGGGGCAACAUACAAAAUCGACGACGCCCCUCGUACCGAUCGGAACACUCCUUGGAUAGGUACACAGAGCGUGGCGGCGAAGGUGAAUGCUGCCAAUCAUGCAUGGCGCGUAUCCCUUACGCCACGAUGAUAGCCACUCUCAUGUGUCUCCUGGGAGUGGGUAUCUUCUGCUUUACCAUGUACCGAGGGGCAUCGCUCACAGUCAUAAUGGUAGACCAAGUAUUUCAUUUGCGAUUGAUAUGGAUCGAAGCUGUGCAAAUGAUAUUUGUAAUAAUUGGAGCUGGCAUGGCAGCCCUUGGAUUUAUGAUACUUUUUGUUGGCUUUCUGGCAACUGGCGCCACGCGCUAUAAGGUAUAUAGAGCCUGGCGGUCCCGCGUUGGAGGCCGGAUCUCCUGCGCCGUACUCAUGGGCAUCACGUACCUACUCAAUUUUGUGUGGAGUCUGAUUCUUUGCUUCCUGGUUGUUGUCACGUUCAUAUAUACCAUGUUCUGGAACAUGUGCUCCAGUGUCGAGCACUCACAGAGCUGCAUAGAUUUGACACAAUUCCAUUUUAUGUUCCCACCAAACACGAAACUCGAGGACAUGAAGGUGUGCGAAAAGUAUGAGAUCAAGGCAUUCUGUAAAGAUGGUGUUGAGAACGCUGAGGUUAUGUUCAUACUGGCCACGCUGUCCACCCUUUUAGUCAUUCUCAGUCUGGUUCAUUAUCUGAUGUGCCUCUCGGCCAACUAUGCGCACAUACGGGAUCACGAAAAGUUCCAAGAGCUGCAGGAAAUGCAAAACCUCAACGAGCUGGAGUACAGUGCUACGUCCAAGGAUCGAUUCUAGGACAUAUUUCAGAAGAUUCAAUUUGAGCUUAAAGAGAAGACAUGCGACAUUUGAGAACGACAUUUUGGCUAACUUUACAACGAACACAGCACUAGUGCAAUGCUGCCAACACGAUACAAUUAAGAUCUUCUGUUUAAACCUAAUAUUAAGACUACACUUUUAGUUUUUGAUAAGUUAUUGGCAAUCAUUUCGAUUUGGUUCGACAAUAGUUGUAUGGCCAAGCAAUUCAUUCGAAAUAUAACAAGAUUCUAAUUUA